AUGCAACUUGUCAGUUUCAUGUACACAGCCAUCUUAGGCUAUGUAACCGUUUCCUCAGCCUAUCCCACCUUGGAUUCUCUGAGCCUUACACAGCAGCUCUUUCUGGCUGACACAGCGGUAGAUCGUUUCAGCCUUCUUCCAAAUGACACUCAGUUUGUUUUCGACUUUAACAAGUACCUUAACGAUGCUGGUGAAGCUGGAGCAAUAGUUGCUGCCAAUCGCCAAGUCUUCCCUGCGCUUGUAGGUACUGGUUCUGGCAUGGCUGUUGGUCGCAUUGGUGCCUGUGGAAUGAAUACUUUACAUGUCCAUCCGCGAUCUACAGAGCUUCAGCUUGUGGUCGAAGGACGACUUAUUACAGAGAUGAACCCGGAAAAUGGUGUCUUGGAUCACAAAGGUAAUCGGAGAGUUAUUAGGAAUAUAGUCGAGCCUUUUCAGAUGACCCCAUUUUAUCAGGGCUCCAUGCACACCCAGUUCAACCCCGACUGCAAUAAUGUAACGUUCAUUGCCUCUUUCGCCAGCGAAGAUUUUGGUACUGAACAAGUAGCGGAUGGAAUAUUUUCUUUCUCUAACGAAGUACUGGCAGCGACAUUCGGCCAAACUAUCGCAGGUGAGAGUCUCGACUUGGUUCGCAAUAGCAUACCUCCUAGCAUUGCUCUUGGAGUCGAGACCUGCCUUCAGCAGUGCGGUAUGCAGAAAAGAACUAAUUAUUAA